CCAACCCCUCCCGGGAAGCACACUGGGACCACAUGCCUGGGAGUUCUUCCGGUCACCCUAUUGUGUGCGGGAGAAAGAGGCACCAAGAGGUGUGGGGCCUGACCCACACUCACAAAGCCUGUUUUUGGCUAGUCUGGGGCUAGAGCCAGUUCUGCUACUCAUCAGAGCCCUUCAACUCCUGUCACCCCAGAUCACCCCAUGUGCAGGGUUGGGGGUGGUCUCAGUGCUGCUCUUCUGAGCACUGCCCACGGGGAAGGAAAACGCCUGGCCAGGGUUUGGGUCUCAGGUGUGAGAUGCUCAUUCAUUGCUAGCCCUGGGACCGGUGCCCAAGGACGUGACUGUACCAUCCCUGUUGGUGGAGGGAAAUGGUCAGCAGGGGUGCCCUUGAGCCCGCAACCUUGGUGUGGAGCCGAGGGGUGUAUGUGGUUACAGAUGAGCCUCUGGCCUCCCUGGAUGGGCAGGGACAGGUGCCAGGGUGGCACAGGGCUGGGCAUGUGCCUGCUCCUAGGUAGCCUGGGAAAUGCCCAACACCUGUGGGUACUGCUGCAAGAAUCCUUACCCCACCCCCAAAAGCACUUUGGUUUACCCCACAAGCUGACCUCUGACCUGGGGACAGCCAGGGCUCCAGUAUCCCAAUCCCUGCCCUGGGCCCCACACCCCCAUCAGUGAGUCUUGGCCCUGCUUAUAGCAUCUGACGCCAGAGGGCCUGAAAUAGCCCCUGGAGAAGGGGGAGGAGGGGGCUAUUUAAAGGGCCUGGGCCGAGCGGCUCAGGGAGUGAGGAGCAACCAUGGCCACCUCAGAGCUAAGCUGCCGGGUGGCGGAGGAGGACUGCGAGCGCAGGGAGGCGUUCUGGGCAGAAUGGAAGGACCUGACGCUGUCUACACGGCCCGAGGAGGGCUGCUCCCUGCAUGAAGAGGACACCCAGCGGCAUGAGACCUACCACCGGCAGGGGCAGUGCCAGGCACUGGUGCAGCGGUCCCCGUGGCUGCUCAUGCGGAUGGGCAUCCUGGGCCGCGGGCUGCAAGAGUACCAGCUGCCCUACCAGCGGGUGCUGCCACUGCCCAUCUUCACCCCUACAAAGGUGGGCGCCACCAAGGAUGAGCGCGAAGACACUCCCGUCCAGCUGCGGGACCUGCUGGCACUGGAGGCAGCCCUGGGUGGCCAGUGCCUGGAGCGCCAGGAGGUGGCCGAGAUCACCAAGCAGCUGCCCCCUGUGGUGCCUGUCAGCAAGCCUGGAGCCCUGCGUCGCACCCUGUCCCGGUCCAUGUCCCAGGAGGCCCAGAGGGGCUGAGCAGCACUGGGAUUUGGGCACUGGGAUUCUGCCCUCCUCGGGCUGGGCUUUCCUUGCCUAGGAGUACGGAGGGGAGUUGCCAGCUGAGGAUGCUUUGUAGUCUUCCCGGAGUUGGGGGCUAGGGGAGGAGGGAGCAGAGGCCAGGGUGCCUGGGUACCUCGAGCUCCCAAAGGCAUAGGAGCAGAGAUGGUGGAUGUUAAGAGUGGAGAACUGGGGGCCAGCACAGCUGUGUCCCCUCAGCCCCAAGAGAAGGGACAGAGGACGCUGGAGAGGGCAGAAGGGCCCUGAAGAGUGGCCUGGGCCGGGAGACUGCAAGUGCAAAGGGAAUGGGCUGGAAGGCAUUGGAGACCGGAGGGGGAUGUGAAAGAGGGCGGAGGUGGGGAGAAGCCCCUGGCACCCUCUGUUAGUGCAACAAUAAAUGC